ACAAUAUGAAGGAGGGGCGGUAUGUAGUCAGGCCCGUUCAUUAUGGAGACUUGAGCCUCUGAGAAUUGGUUGGAGCGGUAGCCACAUGAAGUGGGGCCAGGCCUUCCGCGUACGCCACAUCACAACAGGUCGGUACCUGUGUCUGGACGAGGAGAAAGGUCUAAUGGUUCUGGAUCCAGAGAAAGCCAACACCAAGAUGUCGGCCUUCUGUUUCCGUGCAUCAAAGGAGAAGGUGGAGGGGGCUCAGAAGAAGCGAGAUGUGGAAGGAAUGGGUGUCCCUGAGAUCAAGUAUGGCGAGUCCAUGUGUUUUAUGCAGCAUCUUUCCACAGGGUUGUGGCUCACAUACGCUGCUUUAGAUGCUAAAGCGGCUCGCCUGGGAACCAUGAAGAGAAGGGCCAUAUUACAUCAAGAGGGCCAUAUGGAUGAUGCACUGACUUGCUCUCGCUCUCAGAUGGAAGAGUCUCAGGCUGCUCGUAUGAUCUACAGCACCACAGGCCUUUUUACACAGUUCAUCAAAGGUCUGGACUCUCUGAGUGGGAAGAACAAAUCCCCUGGUCCGGUGUCCCUGCCACUGGAUGCAGUGAUCCUGUCCUUGCAGGAUCUAAUCCAUUACUUCCGGCCUCCAGAGGAGGAGCUGGAACAUGAGGAGAAACAGACCAAGCUGCGUUCUCUACGCAACCGACAGAACCUCUUCCAAGAAGAGGGGAUGAUCACCAUUGUGCUGGAAUGUAUCGACCGGCUGAAUGUCUACAACACUGCUGCACACUUCUCUGAGUUUGCCGGAGAGGAAGCUGCUGAGUCCUGGAAAGAGAUUGUCAACCUGCUCUAUGAACUGCUUGCGUCACUGAUUAGAGGAAACCGUUCUAACUGUGCUCUGUUUUGCGAUAACCUGGACUGGCUGGUUAGUAAACUGGAUCGUCUGGAAGCUUCUUCAGGCAUCCUAGAGGUGCUGUAUUGUGUUUUGAUUGAAAGUCCUGAAGUCUUGAACAUCAUUCAGGAGAAUCACAUCAGGUCUAUCAUUUCUCUCUUGGACAAGCACGGUCGAAAUCAUAAGGUUUUAGAUGUAUUGCACUCUCUGUGUGUGUGUAACGGUGUUGCUGUGAGGUCCAAUCAAAACCUCAUCACAGAAAAUUUGCUUCCGGGCCGUGACCUCCUGCUGCAGACUAACAUCGUUAACUAUGUAUCAAGCAUGAGGCCCAAUAUCUUCUUGGGGACUUGUGAAGGUUCUACACAGUAUAAGAAGUGGUACUAUGAGGUGAUGGUGGACUAUGUGGAACCAUUUGUGACAGCUCAGGCUACCCAUCUGCGUGUUGGCUGGGCUCUGACUGAGGGCUUCAGUCCGUACCCAGGAGGAGGAGAGGGCUGGGGUGGCAACGGUGUGGGCGAUGACCUCUAUUCUUAUGGCUUUGAUGGCCUUCACUUGUGGUCAGGUCAUGUGUCACGUCAGGUGGCUUCACCCAACCAGCACAUCCUGGCAGCAGAUGACGUUGUGAGCUGCUGUCUGGAUCUGAGUGUGCCCAGUAUCUCCUUCCGUAUCAAUGGCCAUCCAGUACAGGGAAUGUUUGAGAACUUCAACGUAGACGGCCUCUUCUUCCCUGUCAUUAGCUACUCUGCUGGAGUGAA